AUGUCCGAAUACUCCAAAGCAUGCUGCACCGCCCCGCUCGCCGUGGUGGGCGAGUACGUCGCCAAGGGCAAAUACAUUGACUUUAAUGGAAUGAAAACAUAUGUCACUGGUCCCCCAACGGCAACCAAGGCAAUCAUCUUCAUCUACGAUGUAUUCGGGUAUACACCGCAGACGGUGCAAGGUGCCGACAUCCUCGCCUCCGGAGGACCGUACCUAGUUCUUGUUCCCGACCUACUAGUAUCCAACUAUGUAGAACCCGAGUGGGUGAUCCCCCCUCAAUCAGAGGAGGUGAAGGAGAAACUCGCCGCGUUCCGAGCUCGCAUCACGGCCCCCGAGACCUGGGAGCGCGUUACCUCGACAGUCACCGCUUUCAAAACCGCGCCAGAGUAUGCUUCCAUCACUCGCUGGGCGGGCAUCGGAUACUGCUGGGGUGGCAAGAUGGUGUCCCUGUUGACGAGCAAGGGGGUGGAUUCCCCGCUCGAUGUGGGCGUGCAGACCUCCCCUGCGAUGGUAAACCCGGACGAGGCCAAGACCGUCACCGUGCCGAGCAUGAUGCUCGCUUCCAAGGAUGAAGAUGCCGCCCUCGUGCAGGCUUAUGGGCUGAAUCUCGCGGUGCAGGAGAAACAUGUCGAGACCUUUAACCAGAUUCAUGGCUGGAUGUCGGGCCGAGCUCAGCUUGAUGAAGAGGAACCGCGCAAGGAAUACGAAAGGGGGUAUCGGGUUGUUAUUGAUUUCUUGCACAAGCACUUGUAG